AUGGCGGUAUCGCUGGUGAAAGUGGCGGGCAAGUUGACCGUCGGGGGUUUUGCAUUAUAUGGCUUAUCAGAAGUCUUGAGUUCACAAGAAAACACCAUCAAGCAAUUAUCCGUGUUGGACAGUAAAACUCGCGAAAAUAUUCCUUUUUCUUUGCCAGAGGUAAUGAAGAAGCUUAGGCCUGGUUCAGACGCCGAACUUUUCAUGAGCCGAACCUAAUAUAUUGAAUUAAGUACAUGAAAAGUUCAGCGUCUGAAUCAAUUAGGAACGCCUUUUUCAAUUUGGAACGGCUCAGCCGUUCUUUUUCGCCUUUGGAGCGACUUUGGACCGAACCAAAUGCAUAAAUUAUUAUAACGUAUUUUGUGAGCAGUUUGACCAUACUGAUUUUUUAUUGCCCCUUUGAACUUAGUUUAGCUGCAAUUAAGAUUGGCUUCUGAAUAAAUUCAGCCAGUCUUAAUAAUUUGGGUCGGCCUUAAUUCGAAUUUGGUUGAAUUUGAGUGAGAAGGUUCACUCUGAGGAAACAAACUGGCAUUUCUAGAACUGUGGUGUAAAACUCAUAAUAGUAAACUCUACUACAGGUGACUAAAAAUAUGACUCACCUGGUAUGGAUUUGCAUAAUAUUUAGUGAUAGUAAAAUGCCCUUAAGGCUGGUUUUCACUAGCGACGGAGGCGGCGUCGUAAUGAGAAGCGUAGAGCUUAUGAUCUAGUGAGUCGGAAGCAGAAGCAGAAGAACCAAACCAAUCACAAAGCAUGGGAACAUGCAUUGUGAUUGGUUUAUCCUUCCAUUUAUUGACUGGUUUCAAAAAGUGUGCUUUUUGAAUUUCAGAUGCCAACCCAAACAAAACUAAGACAUUCCUGGAACAGUGGAGUACAGAAGGCAUUCAGUGAACUGGAUCAAGCACCUCAGGCUAUGUGGGAUCUGGGAGCAAGAGGAGCUAACAGUGCUAAAGACUUUAUCAAAGAACAAAUGAAAUGA